ACCGACAAACUAGUACGGAAUUAAAGGUACUUUCAGCCGUUGCGGUUAGUAAGCAGGAGUACUACUGGGAAAUCUACAAUCAUCUGAUUUUAUACAAGAUUGAACUUUAAAUUUUUUAUCCAGUUAAAUUCAAUAUAUAUUCGCUAACGUAAUCCCGGCGAGAUUUCUCAGCACAACACAACGAGAGACGGAAAAAGUGCAUCUCUGCCAACAUCCCGGAAUCGCUGCUGUGGUUCGAACUCGCUAACGUUAGCUAGCAUUAGCAGCGCAGACCGGGGCCCAGGUCAGUGACUUUCCUAGAUAACAGGGAAUUUAAGGUGUUCUGUUGUAGAUUUUUUAGACGUAUUCAAGCGUAAUGGCUUGCGGGGCUACUCUGAAAAGGACCAUGGACUUUGAUCCGCUAAUGAGCCAGGCUUCCCCGAAAAGGAGGAGGUGCGCCGCGAUUAUGUCUCCGGUCUCUUCACCACAGAAGUAUCUACGUAUGGAGCCCUCGCCGUUCGGGGAAGUGUCGUCCAGACUCACCACAGAGCAAAUUCUACACAACAUUAAACAAGAGUACAAGCGGCUGCAGAAACGACGACACCUGGACAGUGCUUUCCAGCAGGCAGACGGCUGCUGUCCUCUGGACCUGCAGAACGUUCACAGUGGAUCUGCCCUACCAGGUGCGUCCUCAGGUGCCUCAUCCCCCACCAGGAAAGAGCAGCCUUUAUUUUCCCUCAAACAGGUUGGAAUGAUCUGUGAAAGACUACUGAAGGAGCGUGAGGACAAAAUCCGUGAGGAGUACGACGAGAUACUGACGACGAAGCUUGCAGAGCAAUAUGAUGCUUUUGUCAAGUUCACACAUGACCAACUGAUGCGAAGGUUUGGAGAACAGCCUGCCAGCUAUGUUUCCUGAGUGUUGGCGUUGGAUAUCAGGGAAUACUAUUAGCUGCAAGCUACUCCAGGGACUGAUUGGAUCUAGUUGAACUUUUUCUCCUAGCUGUGCCAUAUCGCCUCUAUGUGGACUUACUGCCUCAGGCAUCAGUUAGUGGCAUCCACGUUUGCUGUGUCUACCAGAGUUAGGAGAGCUUCCUGCUGCCAACGUGUCCAAGGACUUUCUGUGACUCUACCAGUGGCCUCUUAACUGCCGUGUCAAUAUUUAUUUGGCUUUGUUCUGAUGCCUUCAUAAAAGGCUGACUGCCAUCACACACUUGGCCUUCUUAUUUUAUUUUAUUUUCCAGUCAGAUUUAGUUAUUUCACAGAGGGGUUGUUAGUUGUGCAGCUUCUCUUAUGUACAUUUUGAAAAAGGGAUCGGACAUUGAGGAGUGGGCAAACCAAGACCACCUCUAGACUGGACUGCAGAAACAGAUGUCUUGUUUUUUUUAACAUUGUUUUAAAUUGUACUGGUGAUUACUGCUAUUACAUUUGUAUACACUGUACUUUUUUAUUUUUUGCUUGACUUUUGUUUAUUGUACCAAGAUUUCUUGAUUUUUAUUUGCUGUAGGUAUAAAGGGGCUUUGAUUCAAGAAAAGUGAAUGAAUAAAGUGUUUAAGCAAAUGUUUGUUUGCUAUGGUUUUUCAAUUUGAGAUUACCAUUUCAGUCACUGCAGUUGCCAUCUUUUGAAGGGAUCACACAAAUUGCAAACAUUAUUAUUUACAGUGCUGAACAUAUCUGUUAAUGAGACAUGCUGCCAGUCCAGUGCUAUGAAGGUGGGUGGAAUUUCAAUUGAAUUUGUGGUGCUCAAUACAUGAAGUCAUCUUAAAUGAACUAACAUCAAAGUCUCAUUCCAGAAAUGGGGUUCUGGUGCUUGGCAUGAAUCCCAGACCUUUGUGUUAACCUUUGGCACUGUCUCUUUUUAUUUUUAUUGACUUAACCACAGAGCAGGCAAAUGACCUUGAAAUAGCCCAAACAGUGUAAAUGUUGAGAAAAUUAACCAACUUAAUAUUUUGGAAACUAUAACUAAACUAGAAAUAGUCUGACACCAACAACAGGUGGGCUUUGAUGAUGUGAAACAAAAAAGGACAGAGUCAACUAGAUUUUACAGGAGCAAGUUUCCCAGACAAGCAUAAAAAGCACUCGGCUCAAAAUUGUGAAUACGGUAAACAGAAUUUAGCUUAAAAUUUAGAUUUAAAAUAGAAAAUUGAAUAUGAAUUGUUGGUCCCUUUUUCUUCUAGUGAUAACAUACCGAGGACAUUAAUGAACUAUUGAAUUGAAGCUGUAGGGAAAUCUUUUAGAUAGUGUCCCAUGACUUUCAGGGGCUUGCGUUGCUUUUCUUUUUUUAAUGAACGGCUUUCUAUAUAUAUAUAUAUAUAUAUAUACUUCCCAUUUGCUUUUUCAGGGCCUUAAACCUCGUCAGGGUGAAUGUAUUUGUCUUAUUUCCCAUAUCUUUAACUUGUCAUAUAUGUUGUCACACACUCCAAAAGGAAUUACUUUAACACUUUGUAGCUCACAUUUGAAAACAUCGUCAGAAGUGUUCGACUAUUACGACUUGAACUCACGAAUUUCUUUGCACCAAUCAAAAUUUGGCAACGUAAGUUUUAAAACGUAAAGACGGUUGUCAGGGUUUCUUUGCUUUGGUUUUGUUACCACGGAAACGCAACUGUCAAUGAAGUCAGACCGAACGUCAUAGUCCUGAUGAAGCGGCUUGGCGGAGUUUCUGAGUUGUUAAACGCCUAAUAAACAAUAAAUGAGGAUGUUUUUUUUUCCAACAUUAA